UUUAAGGCUCAGCACAGGCCAUAGGGAGAAGUGGCCCUGUCACGGCCCAGCCAUGGGGGACACCUUUAUUCGUCAUAUCGCCCUCCUGGGCUUCGAGAAGCGCUUCGUCCCCAGCCAACACUAUGUGUACAUGUUCCUGGUUAAGUGGCAGGACCUGUCGGAGAAGGUGGUCUACAGGAAAUUCACCGAGAUCUAUGAGUUCCAUAAAAUGCUCAAGGAGAUGUUCCCCAUUGAGGCUGGCGAGAUCCACACCGAGAACAGAGUCAUCCCGCACCUCCCGGCACCCAGGUGGUUCGAUGGGCAGCGUGCCGCCGAGAGCCGCCAGGGCACACUCACUGAGUACUUCAACGGCCUCAUGGGACUGCCCGUGAAGAUCUCCCGCUGCCCACACCUGCUGGACUUCUUCAAAGUGCGGCCUGAUGACCUGAAGCUGCCCACAGACAGCCAGGUGAAGAAGCCAGAGACAUACCUGAUGGCCAAAGAUGGCAAGAGUAACGUAGCUGACAUCACAGGCCCCAUCAUCCUUCAGACCUACCGGGCCAUCGCUGACUACGAGAAGAGUUCAAGAACGGAGAUGACUGUGGUAACUGGGGACGUGGUGGACGUCGUGGAGAAAAGCGAGAGCGGCUGGUGGUUUUGCCAGAUGAAGACAAAGCGAGGUUGGGUCCCUGCAUCCUAUCUGGAGCCCCUUGACAGUCCUGACGAGGCAGAGGACCCGGAUCCCAACUAUGAAGGUGAACCGUAUGUAAGCAUCAAAGCGUACGCUGCUGUUGAAGAGGACGAGGUGUCCCUGUCUGAGGGUGAAACCAUCGAUGUCAUUCAUAAGCUCCUGGAUGGCUGGUGGGUGGUCAGGAAAGGGGAUAUCACCGGCUACUUCCCAUCCAUGUAUCUGCAGAAGGCUGGGGAGGAGAUAAGCCAGGCCCAGCGACAGAUCAGAAGCCGCGGGGCACCACCUCGCAGGUCGACCAUCCGCAACGCACAGAGCAUCCACCAGCGUUCUCGGAAGCGCCUCAGCCAGGACACCUAUCGUCGCAACAGCGUCCGAUUCCUGCAGCAGCGCAGACGCCCAGCGAGACCCGGGCCGCAGACCGCGGUUGGCGCAAAGGACAAUCCAUCGACUCAGAGCGCCAAACCACAGCCCGCGGUGCCUCCGCGGCCCAGCUCGGACCUCAUCCUGCACCGCUGCACAGAGAGCACCAAGAGGAAGCUAGCGUCCGCAGUAUAAAGGACAUAGGCCCUAGGCGAGUCCCUUGUAUAUUCCUGUAUAUACUUGUCUAUAGCCUCGGGUCAGAGGCUCCUCCCCCGCCUUAAUGUUUGGAGUGGACUGAGACUCUGCAGCGAAAGACAGGACUGGGGUUCUCUCCAGAGGUAUUACUAGGACAAGAGGAGGCACUGAGCGCUGCUCAGGGGAGUUUGCAGGAACAAAAAAAAGUCUGAUUACCUGCUGGCCUUCUGCCACAGACAAGUUUGCAGAAGGCCAAGUGCCUUAGGAACGCCCUGGGAAAGUGUUUCUCAACCUGUUGGCUGUGACCCCUUUGGAAAGGGUGUCGAAAGAUUUUCACAGAGGUUGCCUAAGACCAUUAGAAAACACAGAUAUUAUUUUUUAUAGAUGUUUAUAUUACGAGUCAUAAAAGUAACGAAAUGACAGUUAUGAAGUAGCAAUAAAAAUAAUUUUAUGAUUGGGGGUCCCCACAACUUUGGGAACUAACUGUAUUAAGGGUCACAGCAUUCGGAAGGUUGUGAAGCACUGUCCUAGGGGCUCAGGAUGUUGUCUAGUUGAUAGAGUGCUUGACUAGAAUGCACCAGGCCCUGGCUUCCAUUCCCAGCAUCCCAUAAUUGGGCGUGUCAGUGUUCCAGCCUCUGAACGGUCUAGCCAAGGCUUGCGUCUGUAAUCUCAGAGCCAAGAGUCAAGAGAACUGCUCUUAGGUUCAAGGUCAGCUUGGGCCAUGUAGGGAAUUUGAGAUCAGAUUUAGCUCCAGUGUGAGAUCCUGUCUCAAACCACCCCAUCCCACAACGUAACCUUGGGAUAGGGAGUCUUUGGAGUUGUGACGGAAAGCAGCCGUCAUUAGUGGAUAACGUCAUUAGUUACUUUCAUUGCGUUCAUGCCUCUAAGACCUUGCUGGUAUUUCUAUCCUCAAAUGCAAUGACUGCUGGCUGGUCUUACGUCAACUUGACCCAAGCUGGUGUCAUCUAAGGGAGGGAACCUUAUUUGAGAAGAUGCCUCCAUGGGGCUGGAAAAAUGGCCCGGUGGUUAAGAGCACUGGCUGCUUUCCAGAGGUCUGGGGUUCAAUUUCCAGCAUCUAUAGGGUG